AUGAUUUUUAAACGAGAAAUUUCUGACAUCGUUAUUCAGCACCAAGAAGAGGCGCUUAGCACGACCAUGUGUAUUUUGCAAAAAUUUGGACCGAUGGGAUUUCUCAUUCAGGAGGAACACCAGGAUGGAAAAUACAAAGUUUUGAUUGGUGAUCCACACUCUUGUACGUGUAAAACCUACGCUAAGGAGAAAGAAUUGUGCAAACACAUAUGUUGGAUUCUGUUGAAGAAGUUUAAAUUAAAUAAAAACGAUCCAAUUUCAUGGCAAAGUGGGCUUUGUGAAAGAGAUAUAUCUAUUCUACUGGAAAAAGUGUCGCAUAUGUCAUCGAACCAGGCUACGGAUUCAUCUAACAUGAAAAUGGAUAAUAAUGUUAAUACCAAAGUGCAACAACGUACUAUUGGACCAAAUGAUAUAUGCGCCAUUUGUCAGGAUGAAUUUUUUAAGAGGCAAAGAUUUCCUGUGACUUUUUGUCGCAAAGGUUGCGGAAACAGUGUUCACAUUAAGUGCAUGAAAAUGUGGAAGGACCACCAACCAUUGAAGAAUCACUUAGAUAAUUCCGAUAUUGUUUCCUGCCCUAUGUGCAGGGGGGAAUUCGCUAAACUGGAAGACCUUACCCACGAGGUUGCUUUUAAUAGAAGUUUGAAAAUCAAAAAGAAGAAAGGAUCGGAGAAUGGUGACGGAACAUCAUUUCAUAUUUUCAGAAGUAUUGAAAAACCCGUUAAACAUGAAUACAUAUGCGCAAUCUGUGGUUGUUACCCCGUGAUCGGUAGACUAUACGGCAUGAAGAGUGGUGACCGAAGGGCGACCAUCGAAACCAUUAGUUCAACAUUAUGCAGUAAAUGUUUUGAGAACCAAACAGCGGAUUAUGCUGCCAACAGCGAAAUAGGACAACAAGUGUUUUUUUGGAAAGAUAAACCAUCAGACAAAUGGUUAAAAGUUCCUCAGAACUUUGGUUUGAUUGCCGGAUUCGACCGAACCAUUAUAGCAAACAGCGAAUACGGAUCUGUCUCUGAAGCACUGACGAAAACUUUGUGUCUGGUGGAGUUGGGCCGAAUCACCAAAUGGACUAUCAGACCAAUGCGCGAAACUCUAGCAGAAAAGACAGGCAACUUAAUGAGGUCUGAGAGGCCUCGAGGACUUCUAGCACCAGGAAGGCAGUGUCGGAUUUGUUUGAUGCACUUUCGUGAAGAAGAAGAGGUCCGAAAACUGUCGGGCUGCAACCACAUUUUCCACACAAAGUGCAUCGAUCAGUGGCUCCUUCACGCGUUAGUAUACCUCUUAAUUUAUUUUUCUUGCAUGAUAUUUGCUUGCGAUUCCAUGACAGUUCACGAAGCAAAAUCUAUCAUACACAUUUAA